AUGCAUACUCUGGCAAACACCGCUUCGUCGUCGCUGUCUCUCCCAGCGGACAAUUACAUCUACUCUAUUGCGGCCUCCGCGCCGGGCUCAUUUGCCGCCAUCUCCUCGGAUGAUUCGUUGCGCGUGUUUGAUGCCGCCAACCUCGAGCGCGUGUCUGUGGUCUCACCCAAGACCCAUGAUGGCGGCGUCACAGCUCUCCGGUCCUGUGUGGCCGGGGGUCCCCAGCUGUUGGUAACCGGAGGCCGGGAUGGAAAGGUGAGGCUCUGGGAUGCUCGGGCCGGAAAUGGAUCAGCAGUGGCUGAGAUGGAGACCGCGAAACAUGCCCCCGUGCUCUCGGUGGCCUGCAGCCCGGAGACCAGCACCGUUGUCGCGGGUACAGAACUGACCUCAUCGCAAGCGGUCGUGGCAUUCUGGGAUAUCAGAUCGCCCAGCGAAUUCCGCUUCCAGUACGUGGAGAGCCAUAAUGACGACAUCACAGAGUCUGGAUUCUGGAUGUACAUAGCGGGAACUAAUAUGAUCGGCACGAUGCAUUUUGCCGGGGAUGCACAGCUUCAGUAUCACCCGAGCCGCAGCAAUAUCUUACUCUCCGGCAGCACGGACGGGCUGGUCAAUGUCUACGAUACGACCGUGACAGACGAGGACGAGGCCCUGGUCCAGGUCAUCAACCAUGGCUCGGUACAUCAUGCCGGCUUCCUGUCCGAGCGCACCAUCUACGCCCUGAGUCACGACGAGGUCUUCUCUGUGCACCCCGCCACCGACCCGGACGAGCCCACGCAGGAGCCCGAGCCCGUGCAAUUCGGUGACGUGCGCGAGUCGCUGGCCUGCGAGUAUGUCGCCCAGCUCUGCAUUGGUAGCCAGGGGCCGUACAUUGCCGCCGGAAACAAGAUUGACAACCGACUGGAUCUGGUCCCCCUGGUCUCGAGCCCGACAUGGCAGUUCGACCAGGAUAACCUCUGGCGACUACCCGGCGCCCACGGCGAGGAGAUUGUGCGCUCGGUAUAUCUGGACGAGCAGAGUCGAUCCGUUUUCACCUGCGGCGAAGACGGAUAUGUACGCGCAUGGAAACCCACCGACGAGCAAGGGGAGACUCAAGCCCAGACUGGAUCUGCGUCUGCAAAGUCGUCGCGCCCCAAGGAAAAGAAGAAAGACCGGUUUAAACCGUACUGA